ACACUACAAUCAUUUUCUUCCUCAAUCUUCAAAGUCGAUUUCUUUUUUUGAAAUAUCAUUCUUAGUCAGCUUCACUUAAAUCUACACAAAUAUUUUGACAUUCAACCCUGACCUAUGCUAAUCAAAAAUUUACUGACGUGGUUUUAAAAAAUCUACUGAGUGCUCUUGGUUGUGAUCUUCAAUUGAUUUUUGUGUUUUUGAUUCCGAACCGUCAAAAAACAGAUAAGUAUUCCUACAUGACAUGAACUUGCGGUGAGUAAAAGGCCAAGAUUAGGAAAUAUUGCCUCAGCAUUUCAUUCAUAGAGAUCAAAAAACAAAAUAAGUGUCAAAAGAUCAGAGAACUUAAUCAUUUUUUCUAAAUAAGGUCUUGAGCGAUCAUAUAAAAGCAUCGAAAAACUUGUAAGAAGCUUCAUUAAGUCACAAAUAAUUACUUGUUCGAAAUGGUAAUUAAAUACAACGAAAUCGAAAAGAUCUGGAGUGCUCCUGAGAGUGAGGUUGGUGAAAAAUGGAAUUCUUGCAGUCUUGGUGAAGCUAUUUUGACAAAAUUACAUGAAGACAAUCCGGAAAGAGUCCUCGAGGUGUUCUAUGAUAUGGGAAUUCAGCUGACAGUGGGUGAUAUCCUUCGACAAACAAUUACGGUGGCACAGAACUUCCAACGUCUGGGAUUGAGGAAAGGUGACACAGUGUUGUUGUAUUCAGUGUCGAACGAAAAAGUUACGCCAAUUGUGUUUGCCUGUUAUACCAUUGGAGCACCGAUCAAUUUCUUCGAAACAAAGCUAGAAGGAGGCGAUAUAAGUACUAUCAUUCAACAAGUCGAUCCAGCAAUCAUAAUCUUUGAAGAAAAAUAUCGCUCAAGACUGUUCAAAGCCCUUGAAAGCAUCAAUCUUCAGAAUUUGAAGCACGUUCUCAGCCUUGGCUCCGAAGCUCCUUCAGUAGACGAAGUGUUGUUUGCUGCAUGUGGUGCCAUUGAAAGCUUCCAAAUACCAACAAUUGAGAACCCAAUGACUCAUCCAGCUACUCUCAUGCUUACAUCAGGCACUACAGGUUUGCCAAAGAUCAUACUACACUCACAUUCUUUUAUGAUACGUGGGAUCUUCAGUUGGUGGCAGUUAAAAUCUAGUGACAGAGUCUUCUGCUUCAGUCCUCUUCGCUGGAUAAGUCAAGUUUCAAUGAUGUUGAACCCUGUGUUUUAUGAAUGUCAACGUUUCUACACAUCCCAAGAUCCAUCAGGACCUCUGGGAAAACACAUAAUCGAAACCUGCAAGAUCACACAUUUUUUCACAACUCCAGCAAUGUAUUCAGCUAUUUUAAAAGCUUCAGAGAACUCUUCUAGCAGUUUGAGUUCCAUGAAAAGAGCUUUGGUGGGUGGUGAAGUUGUGACUGAUGCCUUGCUUGAUGAUAUGUUAAGGCUUAUGCCGAAAUGUAGACCAUUGCAUAGUUAUGGUAUGACAGAGUUUGCUGGUUUGGUUGCUUCGGACGAGGGUAUUGAUCGAAAAAAGUGUGCUAACGGAAUGGCUUUAAGGAAUGGUUUCAUGGCAAAAUUCAUUGAUGAAAACAAUAAGCCCUUGGGGCCGAACAAAAUGGGCCGAUUGUGUAUGAAGCGAACGUCCCUGCCAUAUCUCAAAUAUCUGAAGAAUGAUAAAGCCAACAGAGAGAGUUUUCUAGAAGGCGGAUGGUUGAAUACAGGGGACUACGGCUUCAUGGACUCGAUGAAUAUGUUGCACAUCGUCAUGCGGUACAAGGAUUUGGUUCGAUCAGAGGGAAAUAUUAUCAUUCCCAGCGAAGUGGAAAAGAAACUAGAAAGUCAUCCUAGUGUGAGCUUGGCUGUUCUGGCAGGCCAUCCAAAUCCCAACAAACCAAACGAUGAAAUAGCAACUGUUUUUGUUGUUCUUAAAAACGGUUCCAUUUCUACCAACAUCCAAAAUGACCUACAAGAGUUUAUGAAGACUAACUGCACAAAGGAGGAAGUGAAAGCUGUUCGGCACUUCAAAGUAGUUUCAAACAUGCCUCUGACAAGUUGCGGAAAGAUUGAUAGAAAUGCUCUUCAAAUAAUGGCUUCAAAAGCUUGUAAAUAGUUAUAAGAGGUAUUUCAGAUAACGAAAAAGAUAAAAAAGUAAGAAAA